GUCCAUUCCAUUCCAUCAAUCAAUCAAUUCGACCUCACUCUCGUCUCGUCAGUGUGACUGUGUGAGCGAGUGUCCGAACGAAACGAAGCCCCGGCCCUUCCACUCCACGCGCGAUGGACGCUCCUCUGCUCGUGACCUUCCUCGUCGUCGUCCCCGUGGCGGUGGUGGUGGCGCUCCUCGUGGCGUCGGCGUCCGCGGCGGCGCCGCGCGCCUUCUUCGUGUUCGGGGACUCCCUGGUCGACAACGGCAACAACAACUACCUGAUGACCACGGCGCGCGCCGACGCGCCGCCGUACGGGAUCGACUUCCCCACGCACAUGCCCACGGGGAGGUUCUCCAACGGGCUCAACAUCCCGGACAUCAUCAGCGAGCACCUCGGCUCCCAGCCCGCGCUGCCGUACCUCAGCCCGGACCUCCGCGGCGACCAGCUGCUCGUCGGCGCCAACUUCGCCUCCGCCGGCGUCGGCAUCCUCAACGACACCGGCAUACAAUUCGUGAACAUCAUCAGGAUCGGGCAGCAGCUGCAGAACUUCCAGGACUACCAGCAGAGGCUGGCCGAGUUCGUCGGCGAGGACGCGGCGAGGCAGGUCGUCAACAACGCGCUCGUGCUCAUCACGCUCGGCGGCAACGACUUCGUCAACAACUACUACCUGGUGCCAUUCUCCGUCCGGUCUCGCCAGUUUGCCAUCCAAGACUACGUCCCCUACCUCAUCUCCGAGUACAGGAAAAUCCUCACGCGGCUGUACGAGCUCGGGGCCCGGCGCGUGGUGGUGACGGGCACGGGGAUGAUCGGGUGCGUGCCGGCGGAGCUUGCCAUGCACAGCAUCGACGGCGAGUGCGCGCGCGACCUCACGGAGGCGGCCGACCUCUUCAACCCGCAGCUGGUGCAGAUGCUCUCCCAGCUCAACGCCGACAUCGGCGGCGACGUCUUCAUCGCCGCCAACACCAACCGGGUCAGCUUCGACUUCAUGUUCAACCCGCAGGACUACGGGUUCGUGACGUCCAAGGUGGCGUGCUGCGGUCAGGGCCCGUACAACGGGAUCGGGCUGUGCACGCCGGCGUCCAACGUGUGCCCCAACCGGGACGUGUACGCGUACUGGGACGCGUUCCACCCCACGGAGCGCGCCAACCGGAUCAUCGUCGGCCAGUUCAUGCACGGCUCCACCGACCACAUCACCCCCAUGAACAUCAGCACCAUCCUCGCCAUGGACAACACACAGCAGGGACUAGGCCUACCUGCUGCUGCUGCUGCUGCCUCGCUCCAUCCCAUCUCUCCCUGGCUAGCUGACGUCCAUCCGUGACCGUGAUCCCUUCCGGGCACUGGCAGCUACUAGCUACUACGACAAACAUAGCUACUUUGUACUAGUAUAAGUUGGUCAUUGGUUGGCUCACACCAAGAGAUUUUCUGUAUGUUCAUGAGGCUGGUGGAUAAGAGGCAUUGGUGUUCUUUUUGUGGUUUAGAUGACGUGAAUUACUGGUGAAUUAAGCCUUAGAGUGGGUUCUGUAUAAUUGUCUUAAGUUUCUUUAUUUGUUCAAGCAGAUUGUUUGGCAGGGCUAGUUAGGAACUUCUGAGAUUAGUAGUCCGUCCGAUUAAUUCAAGAAAUUUAUUGCACUUUGUA